AGGUCUGACAUCCACUUGCACACCGUAGACACAGUUAGCCGCAACACGCUACAUCUGAGAAAGAUCCACAAUCCACAGCAAUGGCAGAUCCAAGAAUACGGCAAAUUAAGAUUAAAACUGGCGUCGUCAAGAGGUUGGCGAAAGAGGAGGUGGCGUACACAACGGAGGCGAAGCAGCAGGAGGAGAGGGUGGAGCGCCUGAAAGCAGAGGGAACAGAUGAAUAUGUCAUCAAGAAACAGGUGGAGGUGUUGCAGGAGUCCAGAAUGAUGAUCCGAGACUGCCACCGCCGUCUGGCCGCAGCGCACGCAGAUCUGCUUCAGUUAUUAGAAACAGAAGAGGAUUUGGAAGAAUCAGAAGAGUACAAAGAGGCCAGAAACAUGUUGGACUCAGUGGAGCUUGAAGGAUGAUUUGUGAUCUCUUUCUGUUCUCACUGUGAGGUGCACUUGCGUUUAAAUGUCCAUUCCUUUCGUCGGGCCCUGUUUGCAACCGUGGAGGCAAACCGAAUCAUUUCAGAGUCUCCGUUCUUGAUGUAAUUGUUUCUACUGUUUACCGAUAGCGUGCCACCACAUUGGAUCGUGAGAAAGCAUUCAGUGUGUUUCAGUGGAGGAGUUUUUUUUUGAAGGUUUUAUUCAACAUAUUAAAACAUAGUCUGGACUUAAAGACGUGAUUAAACACACACACACACUCAUUUGUCUGUUUUUCUGCAGUUUUAACCAUCACUGUGAACGGUGUGCAUGGGUCCAUGCAGAUCACCGUAGGAGCUCCAGUGUUUUUAUGAAGUGUCCUUUUUUCAUUCCUUUUCUGCGCAUCUGAGUCGGUCAAAACCUUCGCUGCCUGUCACCUUUGAUCGUGACGCAUCAGGGCACAAAAUUAACACCAACCAAACAUCCCAGAAUACCAACCACAGCUGUUAUCAACGAUCAUUUUCAUGCACAACUUUUAAGAAAAAUGAUAAACGCCCAUCACAAGUUUCCUGAGCUCGUUUUGUGCGUCCAAGCCACAAAUAUAUUCAACUUACAAUGAUAAAAAAAACUUCUGAAAAGCAACUAAUGGUCAUGUUUGGCUUUUUUUUUGCUUGUUUGUUUGUUUGUUUGCUUG